AAUACUAUAAUAUUAGUCUCAACGAGAAAGCGAACGAUUUAAGACGUGUUCAACAGGCAAAAAAGUUUCAAUCGUUAUAGAGAUAUUGUACAACAAAAAAGUAAAAAGCAUUUGAGCGCUUAUAAAAAAGCAAGAAAAAAAAUACCACAAUUAAAAGAGCAAUAAAUACUUGAAGAAAACUUCAAAUAGAAAGCAAUAAAAAAAGUAAAAGUGACAUAAAUUGUAUUAUUAGUUAGUUUUCUUUACGGUAAAAUAACCCGGUAUUUGGAAAGCAGAACAGUGCAUAGAAAAACACAACAGCAACAACAGAAACUGUAACAAAUUGAGUUAAAAAACGUUUAGUGCAAAAAUAUAAUAAUAGUACUAAAAGUAAAUCAAAAUAGAAACAAAAAUAAAUUUAAAAACAAUAAACAUAAUUCAGACAAAGCUACAAAAUGUGGAAUCCAACACCGUCAUCAUCAACAGCGUCGUCAAGUGAUAAUAAGCAGAAUAUUAAGGAAGUAGUUGAAGUAGAUGAUUGUAAAUGUAGUAGUAGUGGUGGUAUAGAACAAUUAGAUCAACAGCAGCAACAACACAAAAAUAACAGUAAACAACAAACGUCAACAUUUGGCGGUCAAUUGACAGGCUCUACCAAUAUCCAACAACAACAGCAGCAGCAUAAUAGAGAAGACUUGGACGAAGAAGGUGACGACAAGAAAUUUUCAGAUUUGGCUGGGGAAACUAUAGAUUCCGGCUUUAUUUCGGGACCACAAACAUCAUCUUCGGCUCUUUUGGAUACAGAUAACGAAGAAGCUGGUGUUGCUAGUGGUGAUAUUAAAAAAUUAAAUAUACCGGAAUCUUUAAGUGAGCCACAUCUACAGCACAAAACGCAACAGCCCAAUUUAGAUUCGGGAAUCAUAGAAGAAGAAUACGACGACGGGGAGUGUGAUUUGUCAGGACCACAGAAAAAUCAAACAGUUUCUACCGCAAACGAACCUAAAAUGAUUCUGCCCCAUAGUGUUGAAUCUGGUAUAUCCGAAUGGUUCUGCAAUUUAAGUUUGCAAAAUAAUCCCAAUGCUGCCAAUGUCAAUACAACAACAUCUGCAUCCAAUUCUCGUACAAACGCCUCUGUGUCGGUGGCCGGUUCUGGUUUAAAUAAUUUAGAUGCACCCAAACAGCAACCGCGCCUUUCACAGCUAACAAAAUCAUCAUCAGUAUCGUCAUCCUCAUCUUCGUAUGCAGCUGGUUCAACUGCUCCUCAACAGUACCAACAACAACAACAACAAACCGCCACAAUACCACAACAAAUAACUCCAGCUAAUGCUUGGGAAAUAUACUAUCAGCAAAAUGAUGAUGGAGAUACACCUUUACAUUUGGCCUGCAUCUCCGGUAAUGUGAAAGUUGUUGCUGCUUUAAUACGUAUGGCACCGCAUCCUAUCCUAUUUAAUAUACAAAAUGAUGAAGCCCAAACACCAUUGCAUUUGGCCACCUUAACAGCCCAACCAAAAAUUAUCAGAAUGCUAUUAAUAGCGGGAGCAGAGCCCUCGGCGCGUGAUCGUCAUGGCAAUACCGCAUUACAUCUUGCCUGCAUAUCUGGCGAAGAACAGUGUGUACGCGCUUUAACCAUACCCAUUAGUGCCUCCGAAGUCAAUGAAGCCCAUCGUCAAUAUGGUCAUCGUGCCAAUGAUAAAUCCUAUUUAAAAUAUGCCCAAUUACCAUCCGAUUUGGAAAUUCGUAAUUAUGAUGGUGAAAGAUGUGUUCAUUUGGCUGCUCAAGCUGGCUUUAUCAACAUUUUGCGUAUAUUAGUUUUAUAUGGAGCUGAUAUUAAUGCUAGAGAAGGAAAAUCUGGCCGCACUCCCUUACACAUUGCCAUUGAAUGCUGCAAUGAAGAUUUAGCCAAUUAUCUGCUGGAUGAUUGUCAAAAAUUGAAUUUGGAAACAGCUACAUAUGCCGGCUUAACCGCUUAUCAGGUGGCCUGCAUUCUUAAUAAAUCAGAAAUGCAAAAUAUUUUAGAAAAGAGAGGUGCUGAACCACUAACGCCACCCGACAGUGAUUACGAUAGCAGUGACAUUGAAGACCUUGACGAUUCAAAGUUAUACGAUCGCUUUGGUGAUCCCGGUUACUUUGUUGGUUACAAAGGUGGCAAUGUUAUGACGGUAGCUUGAUUAUUCAGACUUCUUUCCACACAAAUCCACGCCCUGUCUCUCUCUCACUCUUUAAGUCGAAACCUAGUAUCAACAAUAAAUAAUUAAAUUAAUUUUGUUAAACACGCUCUUAAAAAAAUAAUCGAUAUUCCCUUUUAUCUAUAUAGUAACUAAAACUAAUUUAAACUGACCGAAAAUGUAUAUAAAAUUACCUGCCUGCCCCCCUCUCUCUUACUUUCGUAUGACGAUUUUUUUAAAAAGAAAUUCGUUUUUUUUUCAUUUCCAUAUAUUUUAAUAUGAUUCGUUAAGUUUUUGCUUAAUUUCGCAAAUUUCUUAAAUAUUUUCUUUUCAUGAUGUAUUUUAUAAAAAUAAUAAAACUUAAAUUUUAGUUAAUAGUAUAAAAUGUUGAUGGUAUGUGUCGUUUUUGUAACAUGUGUUUAAAUUUAAAUAACUGUUUUCAAUUUUCAGUUUCUUUUUUAUUCAACAACCAUUUCUUUAAUUUUAUGUUUUUAAAUGUUUAAAACGAAAAAAAACGCAUAUUUUUAAUAAGAAUUUAAUUUAUAUAUGUAAACGAAAAACCAACAAUAACAACAAGAAAAAUGUAUAAUAAUUUACACACUUUUUCACAAGAAAUAAAAUAUAAAAAAAUAUAUAUAUAUUUAAAUGUAAUAAAAACAA